UUGUAAUGUAGUGUAGUUCUGUGGGAAAGUAAAUUUGGGAACCACUGUUUUAGACUACUGCUCUCUGAAUUCUACAAGGAUUUUAACAAUGAUAACGAUAGUUGUUAAUAAACUAUGAUUCGCGAAGUGCGUACUGUUUAAGAAAUCAAAUAUUUUCGUUGGGACGAAUUUUAAUAGAAAUCGAAUGAAUAGGUGUAUAUAGUAUUUUUGGGGAACCUUGUUGAUAACCAAACAUUUGUAUAAGAAUAGUGUGACAAGUGUAAUUGUUUAACUACGCUGUUACAAAUGUCAAAAAACAAGUUAAACUUGACACUACCUCCUGGCUCGAUAGAACCAGCUCCAGCUGUUUCACCAUCGCCACCAGUACCACCGUUACCCAUUUAUUCUGAACCACCAGUAAUACCAGAUGGAGUUAUGGGGAAGAUGAGCAUAGAUGCUAUUCAAGAAAGAUUAGAAGAACUAGAAAUGGAUGAAGAGCAAAGGAAAAGGCUAGAGAGCUUCCUCGGUCAAAAAGAAAAAGUUGGAGAAUUGUGUGAUGAAGAUUUUGAAAAACUCGGUGAACUCGGUGCUGGUAAUGGUGGUGUCGUCAUGAAAGUAAGACACAAAAAGUAUGGUCUCAUAAUGGCAAGGAAGUUAAUACACUUAGAAGUUAAACCUGCUAUAAAGAAGCAAAUAAUUAGAGAAUUAAAAGUUCUUCAUGAAUGUAACUUUGCACAUAUAGUUGGAUUCUAUGGUGCUUUCUAUAGUGAUGGAGAAAUUAGUAUAUGUAUGGAAUAUAUGGAUGGUGGAUCCUUAGAUUUAAUACUGAAGAAAGCUGGUAGAAUUCCAGAACCUAUAUUGGGCACAAUUACUUCAGCAGUUUUAAAAGGUUUGAGUUAUUUGCGAGACAAACACGCGAUCAUGCAUCGAGAUGUAAAACCGAGCAACAUCUUGGUGAACAGCGCUGGAGAAAUAAAAAUCUGUGAUUUUGGUGUCUCGGGACAAUUAAUCGAUUCCAUGGCUAAUUCAUUCGUUGGGACAAGGAGUUAUAUGUCGCCGGAAAGACUUCAAGGCACACAUUAUUCUGUGCAAAGCGAUAUAUGGUCUUUAGGAUUAUCACUUGUAGAGAUGGCGAUUGGAAUGUAUCCAAUCCCACCUCCAGAUGAAAAAACCUUAGCUGCGAUAUUUAGUACACCUCCAGGUCAACCACCAGCAGAGAGUGCUACUACGAAUAAUGCUUCCACGCCAACAACGCAAUCUCCUGGGCAUAAUACUGGUAGUCCAAGACCAAUGGCUAUAUUCGAAUUACUGGAUUACAUUGUAAACGAGCCACCUCCAAAAUUACCUGCUGGUAUUUUCAGUGAUACAUUUACCGAUUUUGUCGAUCGUUGUUUGAAGAAAAACCCUGCUGAGAGAGCAGAUUUAAAGACGUUAAUGAAUCACGAGUGGAUAAAGAAGGCCGAAUCCGAAAAUGUUGACAUCGCAGGUUGGGUAUGUCGCACAAUGGACCUACAACCGACUACUCCAACCCGUUUAGCGAACGUACAGUCCUGAAUAAAUGUCACUCUUACAUACUUAACUACGUAUAUACGCGUUCAGUACUCUUAAGUCAACUUUUCAUUUCUUUUCAUUCAGUUAGUAUAAACAGUGGCGUUUAUAAAUUUAAUUUCCCUUCUAUACUGCAAUGAUCUAUGGAACAGACAUAUCUCGCGAUUUUGAAAACAGACAUAUUUCUUAGGACUUCUCUAUCCUUAUCCCUCUCUUAAUUAUAUUUUACAAUCAACCCGUUGCUCAAUCAUUCGUUACAGCUUGAGCGAUAGCAUUUAUUAAAUAGAAUGUUAAUAGUAUUAGUAUUAAGAUAAGUAUCAUUCGAUGCUUAUAAUUAAACUGCGGAUUUUAUGCAAUUAUAAGAAAAUUAAAUGUGCAGGAAUGAGAAACUCAUAUAAUGUAUAAAGCAAUACAUAUAUAAAAAGUUGAGUGAAUAUUUCAAGGUUUAAAUGAUCAAACGAAAAUAUUUAUCUAAAUCAUAUCUCUUAAACUAACAUUAUAGAUAUUUUAUCUUGCAUAAAAAUCCGCAGUUUAAAUAACUAUUUAGUUAUUUAAACGUGUAAGAUGUUAGAUCUUAAUUGUACGUCGACAUAUUUUAUGUAAGUAGCGAAUUCGUGAUUAGGGCAUUAAAUUAUUUUUUAACUAUGCGUUGUGGUCUGAUUUUAAAGUCGCGAUAACGAUUGUAGGAGAUACAACGAUAAUGAUCCAAUAUAUAAUGACAUUUAAUGUACAUAUAAUGUUAUAAGUAAGAAAUCUAACAUUGAUAUGUUUGCAUGAAAUACGUCACUGUGCUUGAAAUUUCUUUCAUUUCACACCGUGUUUCGUAUUCCUUAUCUUAUGCCUCUGUUAAAAGUAUGUAAGAUAAACGAUUAUGCUUAUAAGUU